GGUCACAUCCGACAGUUUGUUUCUAUAAAUUCGACAUUACGUCAUAGUGUUGGUAAUGGCGGAUGAGCUGUAGUUGUUGUAAUGGGAUUUGCCAAACAAAAACUCAAGACCAAUCUGAAAUUGGCGAUAAAUCGCCUCAAACUCUUAGAGAAGAAAAAGACUGAACUCGCUCAAAAAGCUCGAAAAGAAAUWGCUGAUUAUAUAUCAAAUGGAAAAGAUGAACGAGCAAGAAUUAGGGUUGAGCAUAUCAUAAGAGAAGACUUYUUGGUGGAAGCCUUGGAGCUACUUGAAUUAUAUUGUGAUCUUCUUCUAGCAAGAUUUGGUUUGAUUGAGACUAUGUCGUACUGUGAUGAGGGGAUGAUUGAGGCUGUUACAACAAUCAUAUGGGCUGCUCCAAGACUACAAACAGAUAUUCAAGAGUUUAAAAUUAUAUCUGACCAACUGGGAUACAAAUACGGAAAGAAGUUUGGACAUGAAGCGAGUACAAACUGUAAYGGAACYGUCAAUACACGUUUGAUCCAAAAGCUGAGUCCAAACCCACCRCCAAAGAUUCUAGUUGAGCGAUAUUUGAUUGAGAUCGCAAGAAGUCAUCAUGUAGAAUUUGAACCAGACCCCUCUGUUAUGGCAUCAGAAGAAGACCUUGAUUUUCAAGGUGGUCCUCCAGGGGGAGGCAGCUAUGUAGGACCUCCAGGGGGAGGCAGCUAUGGAGGACCUCCAGGGGGAGGCAGCUAUGGAGGACCUCCAGGGGGAGGCAGUUAUGGAGGAGGAGGGGGAGGUGGUGGAAUUGGUUUUGAAAACUUUGGUAACCCUGGAGGCAAGCCAAUAGACACUUUACCAAGUAUCCCUGCAAUGACUGGAGGAAAUCCUGGUAUGGCCUAUCCACCACCAAGUGGUGGAGUUCCCCCAUAUCCACCUGCAGCCAAAGGACCACCUCCCCCUGAUGCUGCAUACCCCCCUGCAGCUAGAGGACCGUCUCCAUCCGAUGCAGCAUAUCCAACACCUCAAAAGUUUAACCCUUACCCACCUGAGGUAGGAGCACCCAGCAAUCCUCCAAGUAACCCACCAAAAGCAGCAGGGCCACCAAAUCCACCAGCUCCUUCAGCACCCCCAGCCUUCCCAGAUCUACCUUCAGUACCCAGUAAUAGCCUGCCAUCUGGUAGUAUCCCAGGAGCCAGCAGUGGCGGUGGAGAGGAUGUUGACUUUGAUGACCUAACUCGACGAUUUGAAGAACUAAAGAAGAGAAAAUAAUUUAUCUUCCCUUCAAGUUUUUGAUAUUCUACUUUUACAUAUUGUACAUUAAUUCAUGYAGUAUUACUUCGCAACUUUUGUCGGGUUGUGUUAGAACUACCGRCAGCAUAGAMAUUUUGUAUCAGUCACAAUCAAGUUUUAAUUAAGCACUUACAAGCGUUACUACUCAUCAAAAACAUUGUUUACACACAAUGAAGAGUGUAUCGCAAAAUACUUCUUAUUWUAUCAAUGAGAGAAGUAUAAAAGCUGAAGAAAAAUUGCCAAGAAAGUCGAAAAAGACCAAAUUUUAAUGUAGAUCAUGAAGUAUGACAAUAAACCAAAGAAAAGUAAGCAAUU